GCCGACGCACGAGCAAACAGAGCGACGUGGCAGGGUAUCCAUGGUCAGGAGGCAGGCGAGGAGCAGCGCAGGGGUUUUAUAAACGUUGCAGCUGGAAAACAUGCCGAGCCACAACACUGGCAGUGCAUAUACAUUCCCAAACAUGGACCCACGACAAUCUGACAAAAUGUUGAUUGACCAGUACGGCCCGCCUAUGGCACCGCCUGCUCUUGUUUUGCUAGAGUCAAACGCAAAGGAUGCUGCCACAUCAACAACGCGCUUCUCGUCCAAGGAUAGCGCGACACCAGACUCGCCGGCAUUCCGCAAUUCUCUGCUGCUGGAUGCCAGUGACGAGCUUGGCCUGCAGUUCCUAGUCUCUGCUGCAGCUUUUGAUUCUGCCGAAUACACUGUGCUGAGUCUAGAGGAGGUUGAGCGACUCAAGCGCGAACACAUCCUCCUCAAGUCCCGCAUCGAGUCUUCUACACGCAAGUUGGCCCUUGAGUCAAAAGUGAGAGAUGCAAGCCAGAACUUGGUCAAGCUGCAUCAAACGCGCAACAAGCGGCUUUCAAAGCAAGCUGAGGAGCAAUUGCAUGUGGCUUCAAGGAAAGUAGACGAGCUUGCGACGGAGCUAUGGCGGUUGCAACGACGUGAAGCCACGACGCGACAGCAGUUGAUGGAACAUACGGCGGGUGUGCUUUCGAGGAGUGUUCGUCAAGCAGAGCAGCUUCGACAGCUAGCAACAUAUCAAGACUUUGACGAGGCGCAUCUCUAUCUCGAUGCGAGCGUGAGCUUCCAAUCUGGCCACGACGGAAGCCAUGAGAGUACUGCCAUGGAGGACAGCGCCCACAAGGAAGUCAACCUCGCUCGAGAGAGAAGCUGGGUCAGGGAGGAGAGUACACCCAAGCCGGAUCUUGUUACAACAGAAGUGGUCAUGCGUGCUGAAGCAAGGUUGAGAGAUACGCACAAGCAACUCCGCAGUUUCCUGGACCACAAGGCUUCGCAACAGGACGAAGAUGAUGAGGAAGCUGACGAAGCUUCCAGUGGUCAGCGUCUCGAGCAGCAAGUUGCCAAGCUGGACGAGUCGCUUUUGACAUUCCAGGAGCAACACUUACAGCAAAAAGAAGAACGGCUUCUGCUUGAGGAACAACAGGAGAAGUUGCUCAAGGCGCUCUGGGAUGCACUUAAGGGUGAUCCGCUUGUUGAAGUGACGCAGGACGUGCUUGUUGCCAAGGUUCAGGAAUUGCAAGCUGCACUCCAGACGUUGACCGAGGAGCGUGCUCAGUUGACGGCCAACAAGGACGAAGCUGACGAGCAACACGCCGCUGCUAUGAAAGAUCUGCAGGCUCUGUACGAAAAGGAACUCGAUGAGGUACAGGACAAGCUGGAUGAUAUUCAUGAGCAACAUGAUCUCAAGGUGCGCGAGGUCCAAUCACUCUCGAGUAAAGUACGAGACCAUGAAGGCACCAUUGAGAAGCACAGCAACGAUCUGACGCACGCUCAUUCACAGCUAGAUGAGCUUGUUCAGCGUGAAGCGACCCUCAAAAAUGCAGCCUUGACGGACCGCUCUUUGGCCAAGCAACAUGAAGAAACACUGGCGCAAAUGCUGCAGACAACGUCGACGACACGCAGUGCAGAUGCUGAUGCGCUGCAGAAGCAGCGACAAAGAGCUGAUGAACUCGAGAAGCAAGUCAAUAAGCAUCAGUCAGAGGUACGCAUCCACCGCGAUAGGCUCGAGAUGAAGGAUCAAGAAGUAUUGCAGUUACAGGCCCGCGUGGAAGAGCUGAAGAAGGAGCAUGAAGGCAAUCUGCUUGAUGUCUCAAAGAAGCAUGAGGCGUCUUUGAUUGAGCUGUCUGAUCUGACACAGGACCGCAACGCCAUUGUUGCAAAGUUGCAAGGCAAGGACAGAGAGCUUGCAGCAGCGCAACAAGCAUUAUCGGAAGCACAGACCAAAAUCGACCAACUCGAAACGCAAGUCAAAGCAUUUGAAGAGCAAGAGACGAUGCUCAAAGAGUUGGAGAAGGAUGUUCUUGAAUUGACCAAGGCCAACGCUGUGCUCAAAGCAGAACUGGAGGCACUGCAGGGUUCUCAAGCGGAGCGCGAUGUGGCUCAAGCUCAAGCUUCGCGCGAUGCGCUCGUCAUGACACUCGAGGCAGAAAAGGCAUCCAUGCAGGAGCAGAUUGUCGAGCUCACGACCCGGCAUGCGUCUCUCAUGGACGACUUGGGCCAUGCUCAGCGAAUGGUGGAAACGACGCGUACCGCCCAGCGCGAGACUCAGCGCGGAGAUGACAAACAGAAAGCAUUUGAGGCACGGUGCGAGCUCUUGCAGACUGAAUUGGAUGCGAUGCUGAUGGAGUAUGAGGCUAUGACGCGAUCAGCUUUGUUUUAUGAAUCUCAACGGACCAAGUCGGAGAAUAAGUCAGAUGCGUUGAUGGAGAAGGUGGUGACGCUCGAGGCACAGGUGGCCGACUUUCAGGUGCAGACACUCGGCCUCGUGGGUGGCAAGGAUGCUGGCCCUGUUGAGCCGCCUACAACAGCCCAGCUGCGCAAGGAGUUCCGGAAGCUGGUCCAGAACUUGCGCGGCGAGCAUGCCAGGCGUGAGCAGCAGGACUACCUGGAGAUCAAGCGGCUUGAGAAGUUGCUGCUGGAUUCGCAGGGGCACCAGCCUAUGGGUUCUCCGAGUGUGCCGCAGACGCCUUCGCUGCUCACCUGAUGACUGCACUAGACUACCUAUGUAAUUGUAGCUUGUACACUGAACUUGUCCUCUGUCGCGA